AUGCACAAGGAUCCUGGCCAGCAGGCUCACACAGAUAAACUUGAAGCUUUGAACCUAAUCGCCAAUCAGACUGUCAGUAUCAACCCCGUAUUGAAAGAGCUUGGCAGGCAACUGAAGAAGGCGUAUGCAGAAAAUGAGGAAUCCCUUAGCAUCAUCUUUACAAAGACAAGAGCGUCUGUCGAUGCUCUGGUAAAGUGGAUCAAUGAAGACACUGAACUGAAGCACAUCAACGCUAGCCCUUUGAUAGGAAGUGGUAAUCAAGGUAUGACGUCAACAGAACAGAAUAGGAACCUGCAGUUGUUCAAGGAUGGAAAGUACAGGAUCUUAGUUGCCACGUCGGUCGCGGAAGAAGGCCAGGACAUUACGAACUGCAACAUGGUCUUUAGAUACAACUACGUGACCAGCGAUAUUGGUCAUGUCCAAACUAAAGGUCGUAUCCGGGCCGACUGUAACGGGAAAAUCAUCGUCAUUGCUAAUUCCGACCUCCAGCUUCAGGAUCGUGAGCUCAAGAACCUCAUACGGGUGAAGAUGAUGAAUGAGGCCGUACACAACAUUGCUGAUUGCACUCGAGACAGUCCAGAAACCUUUGAUAAUCGGAUUCAGAAGGAACAGGAGAAUGAUCAGAAGGAGCGACAGCGGAAAAACGAUCGUGCGCGAAACGCCAAGGCAAACAAAAUAGAAAAAUCAGGUAUAUUCCUCCAUUGCGCCAACUGCCUCAUAGAAGCCUGCCUUCUAGAUGAUAUCAGGUGCAUCAAUAAUCAUCACCACGUCGUCAUCAAUGACCUCUUCCAGGAAAAGAUUGAGCUCGUUGAUCCCAAGAAGAAGAAACGCAUCGACGAAUUCACGCAACUGAAGGAUAUCCACUGUGCCAAUUGCCGUGAUAAAUGGGGCACCAUGAUAGAGUAUCAACAGCAAGAACUGCCGUUGAUUGCUGUCAAGAACUUUACACUCACAGAUGACAAGAGUAACAAGAGUAAGUGGGAUCCCAAUAAGUGGAAGGAUGUUCAUAUCGUGAUACGGUCAUUUGAUAUGGAUGAUCUGGUAAAGCAGAACAACUUAUCUGCAGCAGCUGAGAAUCCAGAAGGGGGUCAGGAGAAGGGAGAAAUCGAGGAAGACGAUGUCUUCAUCGAGUUUCAAACACCAUGCAGGUUAGUUGACGAAUAGGUGCCCAAAAUCACUUAGCCUCUCGAGAGGACA